GCACGUGUGACGCGUGUUCAGCCGCCGGUCGACGUAAACAUACUUGUAAUUGUUUCGGGUUCUCCGCCGUCCAUAGCGACAAAUAGAGGAUAAACUUUAAUUUUCCGAUUUUCCGUUUGAAAGUCUGAGAAGUCCUACAUUCGAAUAGACACUGUGCUAUUCGAUUUCUGUUGUCGAUUUCGGGAGAAAACAUAGUAGACGCUGAUCUAUUUUAUCUCUCGCCGGGAAGAGAUACAACCACUAAAAACGAAACUAGACAAGUUGUCGACCUGCGCCAGCGGAAGAGAAGCAUUUUAAUCUCGACGUUUUCACGUUUAACUCGCGCCAACCGCAUUAUUUCCUGGUCGCCCAGUCCUUGCCGGAUUUACACUGGAGUUUGGAGCGUACGGAGUGCUGUUGUACAGUCUUGGACGAAAACAAACCAACGUCGAGAAAACACCAGAAAUAAACAUGGCCUUAGCAGCAGCCCAAAAGAGCCGAGAGAUGUUCGCCAUCAAGAAGUCGUACAGCAUCGAGAACGGAUAUCCAGCAAGAAGACGUUCUCUCGUGGACGACGCCAGAUUCGAGACACUGGUGGUAAAACAGACCAAACAAGCCGUGCUCGAGGAAGCCAGAGAAUUAGCAGACGACGCUUCUUUAGCGACCGACGCGGCCGUAACGCAUUUUGCCAGCCAACUGCAGCGACAACAUCAAGCCCAAAUCAAUCCUUUGGAAUACGAAGAUCAAGGUUUCGAAUCCGAAGAAAAACUCAACGAACAAGAAUCAUUUACCGAAGAAUUGUCGGAAUUGUCGUCUGACAAUUAUGAUUCAGAUGCUGGACUUACAGAAGAGGAAGUAUUGUUGGAAAAAGCUACCGGCCAUGACAAGGACGCAGAAAAUGCAGUACAGAAAUCAACUUUGGUUUUACGCCUUCGCGAAGACAUCGACAGCUGCUUUGCACGAUUACUUAACAUCAUUCACUCCGGAAAAGGAAAAGUCAUCCACAUUGAAUCAAGACCGUCCAAGGAACGAGGAGUUAAAUUCGACAUUUUGGUCAAAGUGGACAUAACCAGGAAAAACUUGUUGGCGCUAUUGAAAUCGCUCAGACAAAGUUCCACAUUAGCAAGUGUUACGGUUUUAGCCGAAGAUAAUACAAACGUCAAGGACCCGUGGUUCCCAAAACACGCCCGCGAUUUGGACAACUGCAAUCACUUGAUGACUAAAUAUGAACCCGAGCUGGACAUGAACCACCCCGGAUUUGCCGAUCAAGUUUACCGUGCCCGCAGGAAGGAUAUCGCCAAUGUUGCUUUUGAAUAUAAAUAUGGCGAUUUAAUUCCAAAAAUUGAAUACACCAAAGAUGAACUUUCCACUUGGUCCGCCGUAUUCAACACCGUAUUGGACUUGAUGCCCAAACAUUUCUGCAUGGAAUACAGAAACGCAUUCAAAAUGUUGCAAGACGAAAACAUCUUCACGGCCGACAAAAUCCCACAAUUGUACGAGAUGUCCGACUUCCUAAAAAAACACACCGGCUUUACACUUCGACCAGCAGCCGGUUUGCUCACAGCCCGUGACUUCUUGGCCAGUCUUGCUUUCCGCGUGUUCCAAAGCACACAAUAUAUUCGUCACAGCACCACACCUUUCCACACCCCCGAACCUGAUUACAUCCAUGAAGUUCUAGGACACAUGCCUUUAUUAGCCGAUCCAAGUUUCGCUCAGUUCUCACAGGAAUUGGGCUUAGCUUCUCUGGGAGCAUCUGACGAAGAAAUCGAAAAACUCUCCACUGUAUAUUGGUUCACAAUUGAAUUCGGUUUAUGCAAGGAACACGGAGAAGUAAAGGCUUACGGUGCCGGACUUUUGUCUGCCUAUGGUGAACUUUUGCACGCCGUUUCUGGCAAACCAGAACUCAGACCAUUCGAACCAUCUACCACAGCAGUUCAACCAUACCAAGAUCAAGAAUACCAACCGAUAUAUUUUGUUGCCGAAAGUUUUGAAGACGCCAAAGACAAAUUCAGAAAAUGGGUGUCAACCAUGUCACGACCAUUUGAAGUACGUUAUAAUCCACACACCCAGAGAGCCGAAAUCUUGGAUUCCGUGGACCAACUUAACAAUCUCAUGAGUCAACUAAAUUUAGAAAUGCUGCAUCUCAAUAAUGCAAUGAACAAAUUGAAAAUGAGAUCUGGAUAAACAGGCUAUAUUCCACCGAUUUCAUACAAUAUAUCAGCUAUUAUAAUAAGCACUUAAUAUUACAUUGAAAGUAUUUCAUUUCUAUGUUGUAAUUAAUUGUUUGUUAGAUUUCGUUUAAAAUAUUUAUGCAUAAUAUUCUUGUAUGUCUUCGGCGUGUUUCUAGUCACCGGUGACGAUGGAACAACUUUUUGUUUUUAUUCUACCGGCAAGAUCUCUCGGAAAAUAAUGUUUAUUAUUAUUUAUUACUUAUGCUCAUCAUAUACAACUACUACAAACGCAUAGGUAUCGCAUACACCGUGAUCCCUAGUCAUGUUCCGUAUGUUUUAUCUGUGUAUAUGUCCACACUUUUUUAUUGCAUGACAAUGUGUAAAAAAACCUUAGCAGACAUUAUUCCUCAAAAAAAUAAAAAAAAGAAAAACUGUACUCUUCCUAUAAUAUUGUACACUCAUUCAGAAGAUAAUAUAUUGUAUAGAGCACCUUAAUGAUAGUAUUAUAAUAUAUUAUAUAAAUAUUAUUUUUCUUAUUUAUUUCUAUUUAAUAUAUUAUAUGAUUAUAAAUUUUAUUAAAAUUAUUUCACUAAUGUGUCUUAGGUAUAGAAUCGUAAUUAUUGUUUAAUGUGAGAACUAAAUAUAUGUUAUUUUGACAUAGUCUAUAAGCUAUUUUUGCAAUAAUAAAUUACAUAUAUGUUUUAGUUUUA